UUAUGUGAUUUAAAAUUAAUAAAAAGAAUCUUCAAAAAAACUUAUGAAUGAAAACUAGUCCAUAAGAAUAGAUGAUACCUGUUUCUUCAAUAAGAAUGUAAUUAACUCUCCUUUUAACAAUAAUUUCCAGAACAUGGAUUGUUGUGGGUUAUGUUUACAAAAAGCGGAAUUAAAUUAUCUUAGUUGCCCAGAAAGCUUGGGAAUCCUAGAAAACUUUCUCCAACAGACGAGCAAAUGGUUUAUGGAAACACUCAUGCUUUGUGAAACAUGCCAAGACAAUGCAGAAUCUGUGAAAACAUUAAUGACAAAUAUUCAGGAAUCAACUGCAAAAAUUCAAGCAGUCAUGAAAGAGUCUGGUCUUGAUACUAUUGAUCUUCAGAGACUUCAUAAGAAUGUUGGUAUAGUCACUGGCAAUAGAUCUGUCUGCAGAUUGUGCCUCAAGGUUUUUGGUAAAGCAAGGAUAUUCCUGUAUGAAAACGGGGUCAAUAUACUAGACCACGAUCUCAUCAAAAGUAUGUUCAACUUUUGUAAUAUAACAUUGGACUUGCAAAUUUCGAAAAAUCCAGUGAUGUGUUUUGAUUGUUGGCAACUUCUUCAAGCUUCCUAUAGCUUCAAAAAGGACUAUCUUGAAACUGAUAGAAAGAUCCGGUUAUACUGCAAGGUCUUCAGAAUUAGAAGGAGAACCUUAGACAACAGCUCUCUGCAUAAAGUUGGUUUAUAUUUCAAUGAAGAAGUCCCUUCUGAUAUGCAGUUGAUCAAUAAUAAUGAAAGUUCCUUAAGUGAACAUAAAAUAGAAGUGAAACAGGAAUUUGACUCUCCUAGUAUAAAUCAUAUCAAACGGGAGUAUCCUCAACGAAUCAAAAGGGAGUAUCCAGGGUCUACAAAUUCAUCAAAAUUAAUAAAAGUACUCUCUAGAAAGCGGCACUUUAGUUCGGAAGAUGACAGGGUAUUAUUGAGAAUUUACUUCGAAAAAGAUAUGGUAGAAAAUUCCUCAUUCGGGGUAUGGAAAGAAUUACAAAAAAAUUUCAAUGAACUCAGAGCCAAUAGACAAUCGAGUGUUAUGUCACUACGGUACAGAAUAGGUGCUCUUUUGAAUCAGUCGCGUCUGAAGGGCCUAUCGAAAGAGGAAAUUGAGAAAAUAAGGCGCAAUGCUAGAAAAAAGUUAAAUUCAAAGAAAAAUAUUAAUGUGGGUCUGAAUCCUCCCAUUCUAGAAGAAAUAUCACCUGCCGCACAGGAAACUCAGAAAAUCGAUAUUGCACGAAAAGGAAAUAAUGAUGUUCCUCAUCUAGAAGUUGAAGGCAGGUAUACACCUUCAACACAAACCAAUGGAAAAAUCACUGAUGUAUCACCGUAUCAGAGUACUCCUACAAUCGACAAAGUUACACCAGGUGAUGACAAAGAAGCGGAAUAUCCAUUCAGAAAGGAUGAUUCUGAUUCGGAUGAUUAUUUUGUAGAUGAAGCUGCCCCAUCAAGUUUCACGCCUAACAUCAAAGCUGAACCUUUGAGCGAUGAUAAUGAGGAAAUAAGGAUAAUUGAACCGAGUAUAGUUGUGAGGAAUAAUGAAUCGAAAGUCCUAUCUGACGAUGAGUUGCCUACGUUAGAAAGGAUGGAUUUGCCCCCAUUGCAAAUCAAAAUUCAAGAUUUUUAUAGUGUGGAUGUGAAAAGGGAAGAAUUAAAUAUGUUGACUAAUGAAGGGGAUCGGGACAAUCCUUUUUUAGUUGUCGAAGAUCUGAAAACUUGUAGGAGGAUAGGUUUAAAAAAUGAAGAAAGCAGUGUGUUCAAGUGUAUGCAAUGCAGUUUCGAAACAAAGCAUAGGUUUUGUGCGGACAGACAUUCUAAAUGGCAUGGAAAAACGAAAAAGAAGCUUUACGAAUGUCAACUCUGUUCAUAUCGAAUAUCGAACAAAAUAGCGUAUGAACGCCAUAUGAGAUUCCAUAAAGAGAAGUCUUCUUUUGAUGAUAUUCCUGUUUUAUAUCCAUUUACCAUGCAAUACUAACUGGACUGUUCACACUGUUCUGAAACUUUCAAGGAUUCUGAAACUAAAAUGAUGUUUUUGAAAAGUAUAAUAAUGUGAUAUGUUUGCUUAGAAUUAGUAAUUAUUUUUCUCAAAAACUAGUAAAUAUAUUGACUGAGGCUUUCUUGAGCAAAUUUCAUUAUAUUUGUUGCUUUUCAUAACUGCUUAUUGUCAUUUAUUUUUAGUUUCGCGUUUCGCCAACAUGGGUAAUUGGCAUCUUCAGGCAUUAUUUGCUUCUUUUGAACCGUCCCUGUUUUCCAGAGAUUUGGUAGAAAUUGCAGAAAAAAUAAGCUCCAAAAGAGAGAGAACUCGAAAGAGAAAAAACAAUCUUCAUGCCCCCUUGAAGAGGCCAACUCAUGCCUCCAAAACACUGAGUAUAUCACUGGAAAUAAACGACAAUCCACAAUCCUGAAAAGAAAACAAAUAAAGUGAAUGUGUCAUUCUGUUCUUUUUGUGAUUAUUUUUUCGAUUUAUUUGGAAUAUAUCAGUUUGGGUAUUGUCAAGUGCAGCGUGAUAAUGUUUAUACCCAUAUGUGUAUAUAUACAAAAUUUUGUAUUUUUUUUAUUUCACAAUAAAUUUUUUUAUUUUCA